AGCAAUUUCGUACACCCCCACAACGAAGUACAUAUAUAUAUAUAUAUAUAUAUAUAUAUUAGUUGCACACGUUUCGCCCUCCUCGUCACUUCUCGUGGCUUUCCUUUGAACAGCAUUUUUCUUUCUCACCACUUUUCUGCCACACCGCUCCCCUUUCGGGCCUUUUUCUUUUUCCCUUGCUCUCUUUGCCACGUGUGAUUUAUACAUCGGUAUCACAGCUUCUCUCGCACUCGAUCCUCUUCUUUUUCCUUUUGUCUGUCUUGUGCUCGCGUCUGCGUGUGUUUCGCGCCUCGUCUCACCUGCGGUGCUGGUGUGUGUGUGUGUAGCGGAGGGGUAACACGCUGUCUCACGCGGCUGUGGAAAAAAGGGGGAAAUCAAAAAAGAAAAACAAAGCAAACAGAAAGCACUGGAGCCGGGUGAAGAAAGGAAAGUUGUGGUGGGUUCAGCUCCUUGUGUAGCGGUUUCUCACUCACACACACACGCGGUUUCACACGCAUGCAAAAGGAUUUUUAGGCGUGAUUUGUUUGUCUGUUCGACUUUUUCUUCCUGUGCGUCACUUGUGCGUGUAUGUUUGGUCAUCCACAGAGGGACGUGUGUUUUUUCUUUAUUAAAAACCUUCAGUCGACGAUUUCUUCUGCGAGGCGGCCGUGAGCGUCGAGUCAUUUGUUUUUGUUUUACUUUCUAUUCCAGCGCUUGUGCUGUGUUGUCGGUGUUGCUGCUACGCUACUCUCUCUUUCUCUCUCUCUCUCUGUGUUAUCUAGUUUUUCAUCUAUCUCUGUUCUCCGCACAGCCACUAUUAAUACGCUUCUUAUUACUUCUGUUUAUCUCCAAGUUAUUUCGUUGGCAUAAGUUCUUUUCUUUUCUUCUUUUGCGCUUUGAUUGACUCACGUCUGUUUCUUCCUCCCCUCCUCUUCCCUCCUCUUCCCUCCCCUUCUCCCCCCUCUGCUUCUCCUCUACGGGCUGCGGGUUUUUUUGCUGUGGAAAAGCGCACAGGGAAAAGGGAAAAGCGGAGAAGACAAGGAAAUACGUAUACACAUAAAGAUCCUCUCACAAUUUAUUUCUAGGAGGCGUUUUGCUGCUCGUGCAAAUCAACGUCGUGACCAUCUUGCUCCUGUAAGGAAAGGAAAAGAGGAGAGAGAAUCAAAAAAGGGACUUGGGCGAGGUGCUCUUCGCCUUACGCACGUUGUUGUACCUAUUAUUGGUUCUGAUUAAAUUGUGGAAAUCACUCUGCGAGUGUCGCAUGAGAAGCUGCCUUUGCUUAAGAAAGAUAUCUAUUUUUUUUCCGGUUAAAGGAAGAGAGAGAGGGAGCAUUGCCGUGCUUCUCACCGCCAAGCUUUUCCUUCUUAUUAGAAAUAAGGCGGUGUUGUCUCUGUUGAGGAUAUCACCGUGACAAUCUUCUUUCUUGCUUUGUGCCGAUAUAUUUUCUUUCUCUUUCCAAUUUUCGGUUUCUGCCGCCGCGCGUGUGUACGGAGGAGGCUGUCUGACCUACAGGGAUAAAAUCUACAGCAGCACCGCGUUUGCCCCAGAAGCUGCUCUGCCUUUCUCUUUUGUUGUUCCCAUUGCUGCUGCGGUUUGUGCUGACUCUGUCGUGCUGAGGCGCUUGUUCCACCCACCCUCACCCCCCUCACGUGCGCAAACCACCAUAGACAGAAGCGUGCGCGUUCAGAUCCUACGACGGGGACCUACCAUUUUUGUUCUGAGAAAAAUCUAUUGUUAUUAUUAUUAUUACUAUUAUUACUAUUUUCCGUUUGCUGUUGUCACGGGACGUGGUGGCAGCUGCCGCAAGCGGAGGACGUGCGAUUUUACUUUGCCCUUUUGUCGUUUGCUGUAGCACCGACCUCUAUCGUGCCUUGUCGCACUGAUCUCAAAAAAGAGUAGCACGGAGAAAGGAAGAGAGCUGCUGGAGCUCGCCCUGCCCGUGUUUUUACGCGGUGCUCGUUGCACCUCCUCGGUAUUCUUGUUCUUAUCUGUUAAUUCCGACUCGGUAGUGUCGUUCACAGCGAGGCCGGUCAGAAGGGGAAAUGGAUCCUCGCUUCCUCGCAGACUUUUUCGGUUCCUUUGGGGCGGACGGCGCGCAGUCCCACCUGCCGUGGAACAUCGAAGGCGAGUUAGCCGGACCCGGUAGAGGCUUCGGCGAGGGCCUCCGCAUCGCAGCGAACGGCCGCGAGUGGCGCGUGCUCGAGGUUGGUGUGGCGGAGGAUGACAUGGAUCAGCCACCCUACCGCAGCGACUCGCAGCUGCGCGAUGCGGCGCGGGUGCUGCCACCGGUGUGUUUUGCGCCGCUCGUAUCGCAGUACACCCGUCUGCUGCGCGACCCUCGGUGGGCAGUGCAGGACGUGCCGCGGAUCAUGUCGGCCAUGCUGCACGAUCCAGUCCUGUUUCACGUGAUGGAUGCGAAUCCGUUGGCGCCGCUGAGCGACUACCGCGUGACGGCCAUGACGCGGUGGUGGGGCGUGGUGGCGAAGCCGGCGCUGCGCUACGACUACAACAGCGGACGUCCGCUGCGAGGGGUGGUGGAGGAGACGGGGACGGAGACGGAGGAAGAGGUGCAGCAGCAGCAGCGCAGUAGUGGCCGCCCUACCGGAAUAGGCGAAGCAGAAGAAUGCAGCACCGUGAACGAAGACGAAGAAGAUGUCGCCGCCGCCGGCUGUCCGCGAGACAGGCGGAUGCCCUUCGAGGAACUGCGCCAGCGCUAUCGUGACAUCAAAACGGUUCUCACGCUCAUCGUGGCGACGAGCGCGCCCUACCGCUGCUCUCGGCCCGCCAACGCGGCCGUCUCGGGCUGCACGGCGCGGCUUGUCUUCUGCAAGGACCCGUCAAUUAUUUACCUGGGUCUGCUGCUGAACACCGUGCUGCGGGAACUGCCGCGGAAGGUGCUGUGCAGCAUGUCCGUGUUUCGCCUCAUCGCCGAGGGCUGGGGAAACUCGCCAUCGCUGCAGGCGAUACUGCAGGCCGCCUGGGAGGACUACCAAGACACCGUGGAGGAGAUCCGUGUGCUGCUGAGGGCCGGCACUGCCGCCGCCGCCGCGGCAACCGAAGAGGAAGGGGAGAACUCCGCUUCGGCGUCUGCUCGCGCAUCACCCACCGCGGUGCCCACACCGGCGGUGGAAUAUCAACUCUGUCAACCACAGCAACAGCAUCGUCCGCGCCGCUCCCCACCGCACCUCCGCUUCCCCUCGCAGCCUCACGAAAGCGCAGAGGACUCUCAAACGACCACGUCCGCCACCUCCUCCUCUUUCGGAGCGACCGCGGCGGUGUCCGAGAACGGGCAGCCGGUGGAGUUCGGCAUCCCGCUCGGGCGGGAGCGGGUCAGCGCCACACGCGCCGGCGCCUCCAACGUCUUCGCGCCGAACUCCUUCGAUGCGUUCCAGCAGCGCUUCGACGGGUUGGGGCGCCGCUUUGGCGGCAGCGGCGUAUCGGAAAGUGUAUUCCGCGCUGCUCGAACGCCUCCGUCACUCGUCACUGCCGACACGGCCGCAGGAGGGGCGACGUCGGCGGCGGCGGGCGAUCGCCGCAAUCCAGCCGCCGCGGGCACCACCACUCCUCCUCCUACUACCACCGCGACGGAUGCUUCAGCAGACAGCAGCAACGCGACCUACCGCACCCAGGAUGCGGAUCGCAUCUGCCUCGAGAGCAUGCGGGAGUGCGCGCAGUCGCCGGAGUUGCUGCUGUGGUGGGCCCGGUGCCGCCUGCUCGCCUAUCAACUACUGGACAGCUCAGCUCGGGUAAGCGUGGAGUCGACGCGUGCCCUCGAGUUCUUCCGACAGCUGUGGUCGUGUGCGCCGCUGGUGCGAGAGAUUCUGGAGGACGAUCACGAGGCGUUGCUGAGCGCGUCGUUGGACGUAGAGAAAACGACGACGCCUGCCUCUCAUGAGAGGGGCUCCAGUGAAGUGGGGCCGGCCGCAGCAGCGGAGGCGGAGGAGCAAAGCCAAGGGGAGAAAGGAACUCCUGUCAGGGCGACACGACACGCAGAGGCGACGAAGGCACUGGAGGCGCUGCAGCGGCGUGCCCGUCGUCUCUACGCCGCCCUCGUCGGCACCGUCGCUGACGUGUCAAAGUUUUGGUUCUCCAUCCGUGUGGCUCAGUCCACGCUGAACGCCGUCUCCUCCAGCGCACCAGAGAACAACGUCGUGUGGUCCAUCGUGAACGCCACCGUGCCGCCGCGGCGUCGCUUCCAGCGGGAGGAGUUUUCGAGCUACGCCGAGCACUGGCAGUACGCUCUUCUAGUGGACGACUACGUCACCCAGCCGAUGGGCUUCUGCGUGUCGAUGCGGGGCCGCACGAUGGUCACCCAACUCCUCCACGUCUUGUCCUCCUACCCCACCUUCUACCCUGCGCUGGUGACUCGCACCCUGGCGAUGCUAAACCGGCGCGAGAUGUUUGUGGCGGAGCUGAACGGCCGCCUUGUCGCCGCGGUGACCCGCUGUCUGCGCUUUUACCUCCCACCGAUGCCGCCGGUGCAGCCCAUCCCGCCUGCCGUCGUCGCACCGCCUGCCGUUACCAACAGUACUACUAGUACUACUGCAACGGCAUCCCCAUCACCAACUACGGCAGACGGCACACGCGACCACCGUGGGGCAGCUGCCGCCUCAUCCGCCUCCUCUCCCCCCUCCGCCUCCCCCGCGUCUUCGAUAUCCACUUACUACUCGCCCCCGUCGGAACACCUAGAUGCGGAUGGGCCGGCCACGGACACAGUGUCUGCCCAGCCGGCGGAGUCGAAUGGUCACGCCGCUGCCUCCGCAACGGAAGCGGUGGCGGAAGGGAGAGAGACAGCCAACGUCAACGGCGCGGACGCGUCUUCGAGUGGGCUCAACUAUGAAGCCUACAUCCUCAGCGACACGGACGUGGAGGCAUCGGCGGGCGACGACGACGACGAGGAGGGCGGCAUCCACAACGCGUCCAGCGCACACCGCAGCGGCCGCCACGAUGCGGGUGACGCGGGAAAGGAGGAGGAUGGAGAGAGGGAGUUGGAGCGACACCCGCGACUGCGCCGCCGGGCUGCGAAGAAGGCCGCCCUCGCCCGUCUCGAGGCGCUGCGCCGGCGGCAGGAGGCGGCGAUGCCGGUGCUGACGACGAAGGCCUACGACGCCAUUCUGACGUGUCUUGAUGUACUUCGCAUGCUGGUGCGCCACACGCACGUCUCUGUGAACCCCAUUGGCGUUCUGUUCACGGCGCCGACGUCGACGGCCACCACCGCAGCGACGACGGCAGCAGAGGCGGCAGGGGCCUCGCCGUCGUCAACAGGCCCGGUGCCGGACCCCGCACCACCGGCGUCGUCUCCUCCACAAGCCGCAGAAGGCGUGCCCAACCGCGCCGCUGACGCCACGGUGGGAGUGACAAGCGAUGCCACGGGUAGCGCGAAUCGCGGCAACCCGAGCGACGACCUCUGCCGUCACCGCCGUGAAUCCCGCUACGAGCCGUCCCCCUUCAAGCCACAGAGUGACCUCUACACCCUGCUGCAUCAGCUCGUGCAACAGACCCGCUACGGCCCGCUUGCGAUGGCUGCGCUGCGGUUCUUCUCGGCGUGUGUGCAUUACAACGUGCGGGACAUGGUGCCGCUCUUCACCGAGCGAGGGCUGCUGAAUACCGUCUUGGCCAUCGCCCGCCGCCCGUGUCCGUCAUCCGUGCCACCGCCGCCGCCACAGCUCAGCAUGCGUGAUCGUUCGCACCGAAGCCAACGGCAUGAACAUUAUACUAGUAGCGUGGUCAGCGGCGCCGCCUCCGCUCCUGCUGCUGCUGCUGCGCCAGCGGAGGCAGCGAUGCCGGCGUUAUGGUUUGCGCUAGACUCGCUGGAAGAGACAGGCCUGCCGAACAUUCCGUCUCGUGACGCGUCGCCGCCUUCUGCGGCCGCUUUGGCUGCCGAGGCUUCGCCGGAUAGCAACGCGUCCAUUUGGCAGUGCCCACUGCUCACGGCCGACCCGCCCCCCUCGCUGCUCGUGCGCUACAUCCCGCAGGAGGACCCGUACCUGAACACCGUGUCGGUGCGCAUGGUGCUUCCGGAGUUCGUGGAGGCGAUGACGGUGCAUCAGGCCACCCACGCGGUGUUUCGCAAACACCUGCAGUGGAUCCCGGCCUCGCUAGACGGCUUAGUGGUCACCGCUCCGCUUUCCACCUCGACGCCGGCGGACAUUCGUGCCCUGUGGGAAGACGAAGAAUGGGAGACAUUGGCCGAAGGCGGCGACCCCUCGCACCUGGCGGAGGCCAUGAACGAGGAGGAAGGAAGGUCGAGCGGUGGCGCACGGGAGAAGGCGGUGCGGCAGCGGCAGCAGCAGCGUGCCCAGCUCGAGUGCCGCAGCAGCGUCACCUAUAAGCGCCUUCUGCGGUCACUGCUGGCGUCACGCAAUGCCAGUCGUUUGUGGGAACGCCACUCUAGUCCGCACAGCGAGACAGCAAGGCCGACCACGGACGCGGCGCCCCAACAAGGAGUGCCGUUGGUGUCCACCCAGGCCGUCGAUGCCUCGCUGAUUCGACUGGUGGAACUCUGCCGUUUGAACCUGAAGCGGGAAGAGGUGGGCUACAAGAUUCUGCAAGGCUCGGUGAAGGACAUGAGCCGUGUGCUGACGGAGGUGCUGCAGCCUUCCACGGAACUGAUGGACAAGUUGAAGCCCGCCCUCCAUCACCAGCUGGCGCAGCUCGAUACUCGGGUGUGGCAGUUCGCCGACGCGGUGCGAGCAGGCGCCACCCGCGCCAAGCCGUUCGCGCCCUCCUCCUACGGCCCCUCUGCGUCGGCAGCGGUGACCUUCCCACGCAACUUUAGCACUGCCUCGUCCGACGACGCACCGCUGCACGCAUCGACGUCGUCAGCAGAAGUCAAAAGGAGGCCGCGGCGAGUCUUUCCCGCUUCACGCGACGAUUUCUUUCAGCUGCUGGUGCGUGCGAUGGAGCUGUGCCGCAGCUUCAACAACUUCUUCGCCUUCUUUUCGGGGAUGGACUGGACCGGGCAGCGGCGCGGCCCCCGGCUGGCGCGGAAUAGCGCGGAACGGCAGGAGGGCAUGCAGGCGUUGAGGGACGUUCUCAACGGCACGGUGGAGAAGUUCCACCGCGCGAUUCGGCGGCUGUGGUCUCUGAUGGGGUGUCAGAUUCCACUGGACCUGCGCGGCACGCCGCUGCACAUCUGCGAGCUGGGCACCGCGGACGGUGAAGGCUCCCUGCUGAGCUACGUGCAGGUGGUAAUUGGCCAGGGUAUUCACCCCCGCAUCUUGAGUGAUUACCUGCGCAGUACACAGCCGUCGCCGGUGCUGGAGGCGGUGCUGCGGUCGACGGUGCGCUGCAUCCUGCACCACUCCACGCGCAGCCUCUUUCACCUCCACAGCCCUGCCGUCAGCACCGCCGCGACACAGAACACCAAGGCGGCACCCACAACGACUGCUGACAACAGCGGCGAAACAAAUCCGCAGUCGAUGGCGCAGCAGGCGUUCUGGAUGGAGGCAGAGGAUGCCGAAAAACGAGACACGCUCCUCAGCGACCAGAGCUUCCGUCAAGCAGAGCUGCGCCGGCUGCUGCGCGCCACCGAUGCACAGAGCAGCGUUCAAGGCGUGCCGGAAGCCUGCAACAGUGCCAGAGGAGAGGCGGAGGCGCAAACGGGGCUUUCAACGAACGCCGCUGCGGCGGCUCUUGGAGAAGGUCACGGCAGCGCAGAAGCUCCAGCGACGCGCCCCGUUGAGCAGCCCCCUUCCGGCUGGCGUGUAGACCCGAGCGACGUCACCGCGGCAUCGCCGGAGGCCGAAGCAAUCCGCCACGAGCCCGUGCUUGUCGAGAGCACCGGCUAUCCCUGCUACGACUGUGUGUCCAACGUGCUUCGGCCGCUGAGCAUGGGUGAUGGCAUCUUCCUUCGACAGCUGCUGGAGGCGUGGCGGGCGACCGCAGCGAGCAGCAGCAACACCAGCACCAUCAACGUAGCUGGUUUCGGCGCCGUCGCGGGCGGCCCGAACCGGCGCGACGCCGACGGCGCACAGUGGAGAGGCGUCUUCGGGGACGUCCUCCAUCACGUGGUGGACGCGGCCAUCGUGCGAGCCCCGCUGAGCUGCGACGACGUGCCGAACCUGCUGCGUAGCCUGCGCAGCGGUGGCGGCGUGCACGCUGGAACGACCAGCGCCCUCCUUUCCCUGUACGAUCGAAGCGCGGAGGCCGGCACGGCAUUCAGCGACGGCACAAGUGGUGGUGGCCGCUCUCCGGCGGCCGCGGCGACUGGUGGUGGCCGGGACGUGCCGGCGGACCCCAGCGAUCAACUCAUGCGGUUUCUCCUGCAGGACAACCGCAACUACGUCAGCGAGCCGGCAACGGCGUGGAUGACGGCGGAGGCGUGGCGCGUGGCGACGAUGGAGGUGGACGCAUCGAGUGGCGGUAGCGCCCCUGCGUCCGCUGCGACAGGUGCGGGGUUGACGGAGCAGCAACGUGCGGGCACCGCACUGCGACCCCUACGCACAAGUAGCGACGGCACCACCACUGCUGCGGCAGGUGUUUCUGCCUUCUCCCCCGGGUCGCCUCCAGCGUCGGGUACUUCCCCUCCUCCUUCGCAGAGCCCACCCGCCGAAACGGCCUUUGCGUCGGGGCUUGAAGACGUCGCGCUUCGUGUGGAGAGCGAGGAGGCGGGCUUCAAUGCACUUCGGUUGGCCAUCAGCUCUUCGACCUCCCCCUCCCCUUCCUCCGCGGUUCUCACGCCCACGCCGCAGACAACCUCCGCUGGGGUGCCAGCGCACCUGACGGCGGGCGGUGCCGGUGUGCCAGCCGAGGAAGGACCUGGUUUUCUGCCCGCACGGACAACGGAGAACGCGGCUGACCGACCUAUCGACGCGCCUCCUCUCUUCGUCCCACUGGACCCCAUGAAGGCACUGCAGCAGUGGAUCUUCAUGACCCUCUUCAACGGCCGCCGCCGAGGCAUGACACAGGUCAUGGACAGCUUCUCCCACAUCACCACCUACCGCUCCGACAGCCGCACCCGCGCGAUGCUGCCGCUGAACGUGUCAGCCCUCCAGCGGACGGUGCAGGCCGACCUGGUCGCUGCGUUUGAGAGGGCCGUGUGUGGCGCGUACGCGGAUGCGCUGACCCGGGAGCAGUGCCACUCGCAGACGGCAGCCAUCCGUGCAAGCGAGCCGGAGAAGUACGCGCGGGCGGUCGACGAGAUCGUGGCGACACGGCGCCACUGGCGCGCUGCCGCCGCGUCUCCGUGCGGAUGCUCGGCAUGA